AUCCAAAUAACAUUAUGCCCUAACCUGACAAAUACAAACUAUUGUCUUAAGGAAAAAAAGUUAUCUUAUGUUUACAGAGACAGGAUAUCCGAGAGGAGCAGCAGGUGUAAUGUGUCACCAGAAAAUUACAGGAGAGUCAAAAUCAUCUUAAAAGUCUAAAAGCUAAAGAUAUUUCUUGGUUUUGACUGACAAGCUGGGUUUUGCUUAAUGGAACCUUUCACAUACCAGUUGCUAUUGUCCCCAGAACAAAAUGGUGAUCAGGUAAGAAAAUUGCUUCUAACUUCCUUCUGCAAAAGGUGUCUGAGAACUGAUUUGUUGUCCUCCUCAAAAAGAAUUACUAUUGCAGAAUUUUUAGGAGUGCAUCAGGUUACCAGCAGGAACCAUUGCUGUUUGGGUAUAUGAAGUGGACCUGAGCAGUCAAGCAGUUACAGAAAGGGCAUUGAGCUUGUACAAGCUGUAGACCCAUUUGAAGAACAAAGAACCUGCCAGUAGAUCCUAGCUGGGAGUUGCCACGGGCUUAUAGAUCACUUUUGUAGCAUCUUUAUACUUAUAAAACAGUUGCACCAGAUUUUAUGGUUCAGGAGUAUGUCUUGACCUGUAUUCAGCUAGUAUAACUCAUGACAGUCUGUGGGAGGAGACCCAUGCCUUCUAAAGGGUAAGUGGUCUGCAGAGACUGUGAGUACGCUAGCUACUGUCACGAGUAGAAUUAUUCCUUUAGUUAUAAUUGUGAAGUUUCAUGCUGUUUAGUCUUAACAGUGUGGUAUGGUAUCUAUGCUGAGGUAUCAUGUUACUUUCUGUCUGUUAAUGUGAGAUGGGUUGAAUGCAGAUCAUAAACUUUGAUCACAAUACCUAGGAUGCAAAAUAGCAUAUCUGUUCUAAUCCAGGUAACACAGUCAUACAGUCUUGGCCUCUCUACCAUCUGUGUGAAGACAAGACCAGGCUAUAGUUAGACUGUCAGCCGGUGGAAGAAGCAGAACACAACUUGGAGAUGUGGAACUUCUGGAAAUGGAGCUUUCUUUAAAGUGUAUAAUGUGUUAGCUAACGUGACAAAUUACUGUGUGCUGGUUUUGGGUAGAGGCACCAACUAAAAUUAAGACACUGUGUGUCAGUUGCUGUACAAAUGCUAGUCAGGAUAAUUUUCUUUCCUAGACGGCUUAGAGUGGGGAAAAAAAUGAGGUGUCCUGACCUUGGUUCCCACUUUCAGGUUGUUACUGGGAUGACUCAGGAGCUGCUUCACAAGAUGCAGGAAAAAUUCCCCAUCUUUAUUUUGAUUGCAGCUGGACUACUGGAUUUAUCUGGUGCCUUCAGGAGUGAACGUCAUGUCAGUGAAGUAUUAGGCCUGAGCUUUCCUGGAGAAACCCAACCAAGAGCUGAGAGCGACCCAGUGCCCAGUGAAGUGUUUUCCAUUGCAGAAGAAACAGCUGCAAAAAGCACAGCUGUGCUGCCUGAGCAGUUGGUUAGAAACUUGGAGGUGCUUGAGCAACUGCACACAGAAGCAGCAGCUUUAAAACUCCAGGAUGGACAUACAUUUCCUAGCAAGCUCUUGAGUAGGAUAAGCAUCCCUGUCUCCACACAAAGAUCACAGGCUAGCACACGUUUGAAACAGCCAGACGGGUCACUGCAGGAAAAAACAGAAAAUACUCUUGAGGCUGAUUCUAGUCCUACCAGCUCUAGCACUGGGCUGCCCCAGCCCUUUCUCAGUAAAGGGACACCUCAAGACUCUCCUGAGUUUGCAACUGCUUCUUCCAUUCCUGUUAUCAAGCAGAUUGAGGUGCUAAGUCCUACAAUGUCUCUUCUGACUUCCAUGGCAAAUUUUCGUCCUCCAAGAAAAGAAAUAGCAGCAUCUUCAUUUCCCACUGGAGUUGAGAUGACUCUUGAAAGUGCAAGGGUGGAUUGGUUACCAACAGGAAUGCCUCCCACUAGCAAAAGGCCAAAAGACACAAAUCCACAAGUCCAGCCUGACAGUAAAGCUGGUAUGACACCUGCAUACCUGAAGAAGUCUCAGAGUAUGGAUGCUAAUGUGACAACUUCUGUAUUCCUACAAAAGCCAGCUUCAGGAGACCUUGAUGCAGUCCAUUCCAGAGUGACACAGAUAAGUGCUAUUCGGUUUUCCCCUAUUUUCUCUCUGAAGCAAGAAACAACAGGCAGUAAAGCCAAAAACUCUACAGCAGCUGUAGUAAAUGGUUCUGGACACCCAACCCAGCUGCCUGCUCUUCAGACACUCCCACAAGGCAACAUACAUUCUUCUCCAUUAUUGAUACAUCUAGAAGCUCUAGCUCAUGAUGACUUACUUCCAUCUCCAUUUCAAGGACCCAUUGGAACAACUGAUAGACAACAGCCUCUCUCUUUGUCCAGGAAUCUCAACUGUACUAAACAACAUGAUUCCCAAGAAACUAACAGCAGCUAUCAAGAAAUCGCAGUUCUAGAUUUGCAAAGAGAUACUGAUCAUCAGAAGAUGACAAGUAAACCUGAAAAAUCCAGAUCCCCUGAGUGCCCACGGGCUUCUGCUAAUUCGUCCUCAUUAAGCCAUUCAUGGAUUUCCACAUUAAAACUUUCCCAAACUACUAAAAAGCUAGAAGGAGUAACAUCUGCACUCGGUAUGUCUGUCUUUGAGAACGCAGUCCUUCAGCCUGUAAGCACUUCUGAUUCUAUUCGUGCCACCAGCCACCAGCCCCCAGGUACAUCUUUUCCUACUUAUGUUGGAUUGCAGCUAAUGGGCAUCCCCACCUCUGAGAAGGGACUUCAGGUACCAACUUCAUCCAUGUCUACUAGUUCUGGAUCUCAAGUUCAAGGUGUUUCUGCCCAUCCUGCAUCUCAGAAAGGCUUCCCUAUGAUGCUGCAGAUGAGCACAGUGGAAGACUACAAGAGAAAAAAAAGUCUCCCACAACACAUAAGUAAAACUGGUUCUCCCCCACUGAUUCCACAAUCCAUCCCAGUCCCCAGCCCCUCUGAACUACAUGAUAGUAGGGACCAGAAAGUUCCACUUCACAGCUUUGCCCCUUCAGCCUCCCAGAUCCAGCAAGCUGGCAGCCUGGCAGCUUUUGCUUCAAAACUGCCCUCACUCCAUGCACAGGGAAGCCAGUCCAGCGCAACAGCAGCACAUGCUGAACUGGUGGUGCCCAGUGUUUCUGAUGAGAUCCCAGCAUAUCUGGCACAGGGCCUAGUGCAGCAGUUUGGUAUGUCCCAUGAUGCAGCUAUGAAAAACCUCAGUGCUUUUAGAGGUGAUCAGCUUACAAUGCUACCAUCAUCCCCAUAUUUGUCCUUUCUGCUUAAAAGCACUAAUGGCAAGAUAUGCCUGCAGCCCAUGCAAGAUUCUCUUCCAUUUACUAAAUUCCCAAAUAUCAGCGUUGGGGGUCUGGUUUCCAUUCAGCAAAUCCUGGCAGCAUCGAAUUCUUCAGUGUUGGACCUCCCAGAUUUACAAAAUCUGAGUCAUCGUAGCUUAAUUCUGGUUAAGCCUGUAUUUGUCCUCUUGCCCAUUCACAGACCAGAUUUACAGAUGGUGCCCUCUCCUGAGGGUGAAGAUGACCACAAAACUGCCCUCUUGUUCACAAACAAGAAAGAUCUGAAUUUGGAUACACCUGAAAAUAGCCAUGAUAUUCCAAUGAAAACUAUUUCCUCUUAUCCCGCUAGUAAGUCUUUGAGGUCUGAAACUACUCUCUCCUCUGUGUCUAACCAACAAGCAGAGAAAACAAAAGUAACUUCUCAGCCAGUGCUAACUAAUCCUAAUUAUACAACCAUCACAAGUUUGUUGCAAGUUUUUACCUCGGCACCAAAUCAUUUGCUGAACCCACAGCUGAGGAUUAGCGCUACAGUGCCGGCCAUGCAUCUGCGCAGGCUGCCUGAAGAGAGGCAGGUACCCGCUCCCAGUUCCCAAGAGGCCAAGGGGCCUGAUUUGCUUUUACUUAACAGUACAUCAGCAGAGCCUUUUGCCUCCACUGUGUCACCAUUAGUGGUGUCUGCACAGCAUAGCCACCCUAUCUCCCCUGGUGUGUUUUUCACCACUGAAAAACCACAUUCUUCUUCUGUCAUUCCUUUAUUGUCAGCAAAGGGGCCCUCUGCUUUUCAAAUGCCUGCCCAACGUCCAUUUACAAUCACAGGGACUGUAGAUCAGGUUCAGCACAGUAAGAAACUAAUGCUGCAAACUACUGACCAUCACCAAGGCUUAGUGACCACAUCUUCCACUGUCCACACACAGUGCACAGACUGUUUGACCUUGCAUUCAGCUAGAACCAUAAAAUAUCCGUUAAAGAUGUUCACAAGCAUCAUGCCUUUGCAGUCCACAUCGCAAAGUCUCCCAAGAACUGAGUUACUUCAAAGGCUGCCAUCACAAGGUUGGUUUGUACCCAGCACUUCAUCAGCUUUCUCAGUGCUUCCAGCUGGAAAUGACAACAAAGAUUCAGCAAUGGGCAGCAUGGCCUGUUCAGGAGGAGUCACUGUGUGUGCGAAAGCAGCACAAACCCACACCACUUCUAUAAAAUCUGAUCUUAAGAAACAUUUGGAAUAUACUCCCAUUGUGCUUAAGCCCUUUGUAGUGACAGAGAGAGCAGCAGUAGCACCAGCACAUACUUCACUUUCAACAAAGGUCCAAAUGAAAACAGUGGUUUCUGGGAAACUUCUGGCUACGAUUACCCAUCCAAGGAUGCAUACCAGCUCUCCUGCAAGUCCACCUUCACCUGCGUCUACACAUGUUUCCCUGCUAUCAGCCAUGAAACAUGACCAAAUCCCUCGAGCCCCUACUACGCUGUUCUCACAGGCCAACAUGGGAGAAAAUACAAAGCCAACUGAAAUCAGCACAAGUGCAAGAAAGAUAGGAACUGGUAAACUCUUGGGAACAAGUGUGUCUCUGUCAGCCAUCUUUAACAUAACGACACAGCAACCUCUCACAGCAGAUUUUGGCAAUAAGGUCGUUUUAACCCCACUACAAGCGUCUGCAGGAUCUAUUCUUGUUCUUGAGCGACAGCUUAAAUUGACACAGACCACAUCACAGUCUCCAUCAGCAGUGACUUCUCUCUCUGUGGCUAAGAAUGAUUAUACUGCCACUUCGCUUACAAACAAAAAAGUGUUUCACCUGCCAACUUCAGCUAUCCAGUCGGAUCCAAAUGUGAUGCUGCCUACAGUUGCCAGAGUGAACAGAUCAGCUGUGGUCCCUACAUCAGUGGGAAAGAGUGAGGACAUGUUAGUGAAAGGAGAUGCAGCCACUGCUAGCCAGCUGCCCACUCAGACACCUGUGUCUUUGUCACAUCAGACAUCAGCAAGACACCUUUUGGAGCAGGUAUCGCUGGAAGAUAACACUGAACAUGAAAGUGGUCAUUCCAGCCUUGAUGCUAUUGUGCGUGCUACUGGGCCAACUACAACAAAAGCAUUUUCUGUCUCUGCUAACAGGCAUGGAAAUAAGGUUACUAAUCAGUCAGCUGUCUUCAGUAAAGUAGCUGUCAAUGACGCUGAGAUGCCUCCAGCCAGAGAUCUAAUCCAGUUCCUUCCAACCUCAGAGAGCCCCUCGUAUUCUUCUCAGAGUCUGGUAGUGCUUACGCCACAGGGGAAUUCCUUGCUGGAUGUUGCAAAUGCUGGACAAUCCGAGAGGCUGUUCUUGAACACAGAGGCAGAGGAGAUGGUUAGAACAAACGAAGUAACAGAAGAAGCAGCUGAAAGCUUAGUAACUGUUCUAACACUGCUGGAUUCAGAGCCCAGUGCACUACUGAGUGAAUCGCAUCAGAGGAGGGGUUUGCAGUCAGAUGCCACCGUUCUGAAUGGCCUCGCAGUUGUGAGUGAUGAUGUCUGCGGCUCCGGUAACUACACUGUGCAGAUGAGCUUGCACCCUGUUGCAGAAGGGUCGGUGCCUUCCCAAGAGACUUUCCUGGCUUUAGUCGCUGUGCAGAGUAACAGCAGCCAGCCUCUGCUCCAGAUUCGGUCGUGCUGUGUGACACCUUCUGCCAGCCCAGGGGGACCAGGCGCGAUGUGCUGCCUGUUCCACAGGUUGCCGUUUGAAUGCAGGGACAUCCAGUUACUGCAGAGCAGUAAAUCCAGAGCUGCUAGCUUCACCAUCCAGCUGUUCCAGAUGCUGAAUCACUCAGUGGCCUAUUUGCACUGUGAGAUUAACGUCUGUCAGCAUGGCAAAACAGGAUGUGAACAGAACUGCUUUGAAACGGCAGAGCCAUUUCUCCAGUCAAGUGACAGGAACAGCUAUGGAAACCUGCACAACCUGAUCUCAUUUGGUCCGGUUUUAAGAAUGAAGAACAAGUUUCUAUAUAAACCUGUGGAAGGUCCUGAUACUGCCAUGCUGGUACCCAUUCUGCUGGGAUCCCUUGCUGGCUUUGCUGUCUUGGGCAGUGCCUUCAUAAGCCUUUGGCUGCAUCAUAGACAGAAAACCAAAAACAUACGCUAUCCACAACUUGGAGAAAUCUAUGGCCUGUGAACUAGGAGCAGCUCCUUUGUCCUGCAGAUCCCACGCCACUGCUACAAUGAUCAGAAAAGCAAUUGAUUUUGCUUUGCACACUGUAUUGCUUUUGCAGAGCUUCUGCUGAUGCAGGGAGCAAGAUAUCCAAUCUCUGCUUUAAGCAUGUCUCUCCUUCCUUUCUUUCCUGCUGCAUGAGUCCACAAACUGCAGAGUCAAGAAAGAAUUGUAGUAGUGGUCCAGCUACAAGGGAGAGCAGCGCUUAAAAUGCAGUAUGUGCAAGCACCAGCACACAGUCUGUUCACAGAAAUGGGAAAGCAGACAGGAAAUCAGUGUGCAGAAGAGCCACAUAAAAUAAAGCACUGUAGACUAGAGCCAUGCCAUCAAGAAGAAUAAAUUGUUAGGCAAAAUGAUGAAACCCAAGUUUAUUGGGAAUGUGGACUGGACCCAAGAUCUCCAGAGAUCCAGCCACUCAACUUUACAGCUUUUCUCAUGUCUAAGGAGUCGUGUCCCUUUAUCCUUUUGCUUGACUCAUGUUACUGUUUUCUCACUUUCAGUGGAAGCAAGUUUCCACUAACGCCCUGUUGGUAAAAUCCACAUAGUGGGAGAAAGUUAAGAGUGCAGAAUCAUUGUCCAUAGGGCUGAAUGUGAGAGCACAUAAAAAUAUUUCACCACAUUUGAUGUCUAGGUCCAGUUUCUUUACCAUUGUUGCCAGAAUGCAGGUAGGAAAGGGGCCACUGCUAGAGCACUUUGUGUCAAAUGCAAUGGAGGAGUAGCUCGUACUUCCCUGUGGAUCAGUCUUCCUCCAAGAAUUUCUUCAGAUCUGAUACGUAGCUAAAAAUCCCAGGUCAAGACUCCAUGACAAUUACCCUUCAGAAAUACCAAUGAGCAUGUCUAUUGCAGUAGCACAGAGGAAAUUGGCACCGCCGUGUAUUUGACAUUGACUUACCCACAGAGAUAGUCCCUGUGCUAAGUCAUUAAAGACAUAUAUGCAGGAGAACCAGAUGAGUGUCGUUAAACCCUUUUUAUAGGGAGUCAAGACAUAAAGCAACUGCAAGCAUGCGUGCACCAAUAUUUAGAUAGAGCCAGGAAGGAGUUCAGCUCUCCUGUGCACCAGCCCUGCUCUUUAGCCAAAGGACUGCUCUCUUUCCUGAAGUGAGUUUGUAAACAGGGGCUCUGAGGCUGACACAUAGGUUCUGUACAUGAGAGCAGUGAAAGGAACAGCAUAAAGAGCUGUAUGCUUUUUGCACUGAAACGCACCUGAAGUGCAGUCACUUUUGAAGUACAGCAGCCUCUUAGAAACACAAAUGCAAGUGCUUUGUGGUUCUGAAGGAGUCUGGCAUGGUGCCCAGGUACAGCUGCAGGCAGAGUGGGGUGCCACAUCCUGGACACCACAGUUGACACAAUGGGGGGCCAUGGCUGGCAGGCGGCAGGGGGUUAGGAGCUUCUUUGCAGCGAGGUGUCAGCAAUCGCCUUGGCAAUGAGAGUGGCAACUGUCAGGGGACAGGUCGGGAACCGUCUUCCAGGGAAUCGGCAACAGCCUUUGGGGGGACAGUAAUCGAGCAUCUCAGGGAAGGGGUCCUCAGCGUUCAUCUUGCCGUGGGUGAGGACACGAGCAUCUCGGUGUGAGGGGCUUCAGAGUCAUCGGGGUGAACAUCAACAGCCACCCCAGAGGCUGAUCAGCAGCAGCAUUUUGCCCUUUUUUUCAGUGAAUAAACCAGAUAGAGUGCUAUGCUGACUGUUGUGAUAGGGCCUUUCUACCACUUUCAGAUGUUUUGUUGGCACUAUAAAGCUUUUGAGCAUCCUAGCAGAAGUUUCCUGACUGGCUUUCCUUCCAGCUCUGCAAUGGAUGAGGUGGGACACCUCAUCAGCCAAGGAGAGAGCUGCACAACUGCUGGCACAAUGUUGGCUGUGGCAGCAAGAGCCAGGUUUGUCUUGAGUGAUGUUCAUUCUUUCAAUGUGGAGAGUGUCCAAGGGUGUCAGUGGACAGGCUACGGGUAACUGCCAUGUGGUGUUUCAAGUUUUUUCUCUAUGUCCACCUUCCUACGUGCAUGAUGUCAGCUUUUGGGUUCCUGACGGGGAGCAAUUUGAUGAAGUUGCUUUUCACACCAUUGCUAGGCAGGUGUCAGGUGAAACGGUUGUAUCUAUCCAGUUAAUUGACAGUUUCCAGCAGCCAGAGACGGGACGGGAGAGCCUCUGCUACAGGCUGACCUUUCAGUCCUGUGACAAGGCACUGAGCCGCCGGGAGGUGGCAGAGAAGCAGUUGCUCUUUCGGAAGGAAAUUGAGCAAUGCCUGUGUGUAACUCUUCGGUAGACCGUGGUACAUUGUUCUCAGGUGCACGAGCAGUGCCCGCGCUUGCUGCCGAUGUGGAAAAUGCAGCCAACAUCCUGUCGGACCUAACGCUCCGUGUUAUUGCAGUGCUUCUCCCAAAGGCGCUGUGGACUUCAAGUACCUGCACACAUUCAACAUGGGGAAAUUCCUCUUAAUGAAGAUCAAGCACCUUCCCGUUCUGCGUGUGUGUAAUGAAACCUCAUUUUGAAAAGUGGAGUCUUUCUUUGCUAGGGUGCUGUGAGGCUGGGCUUGAUCUCCUUACUGCUGCCACUUCACUUUUCCUAUUCUUGUGUUUGCCGAGCACUUUGUACUGGUGGCAACUGUAUCGAGUAAACUGGAAGAAGGAGGAUCUUACUACUUCUGAAGGGUUGUGUACAGUUUGAGCACUGAAAGCUCUCUCUGGGCAGCUGCUCAGUCCCAGUGGGAGGGCGGUGUGUGCUGGGCUGCCCCGUGCAGCAUCUCAGAAGGGGGGCCAGGGCCAGUGCUGGGCCUGAGGGGACCCCAGCCACGUGCACCAGCACACUAUUUUCUGAAUAGCUAAUGCAGAAGGUAAUCGCAA